AUGCCAGAUGCUGUGGUGACCAUUCACAAUUAUUCAAUAUUUAGAAGAGAUAGAAGUUGGGAAGGACGCGAUAUGAGAGCAAAAGGAGGGGUAGCAAUAUAUGUUCGGAACAACUUAAAAGUUAUUGAUAUUUAUCGAUCCAGUUUGUACGAACUUAUUGGUGUCACACUUCUGUUACCUACAGGAAACCGCAUGUUGAUAUAUGGCCUUUAUCACCCACCUAGGCACAAUUAUCUGGAGAGCGACUUAUUGGAUUAUUUGAUAAAUAUUUCUGACGACGUUCUGGACAAAUAUCCAGACACUGUAAUUGUUUGUGGAGGGGAUUUGAACAGUUUGGACAUAAAACACCUUGAGGAACUAUCAGGAUGGGAUGCAAUGGUCGACUUUUCAACAAGGGGUAACACAUGUUUGGAUAACUGCCUUACAAAUAGAAUAGAUUUGUUCUCAAAAUGUUAA